ACAGUGACAGUUGACAAAGGGGCGUUCAGUACAACUCGACAUAAAAAUAAAGAAGACGCCAUUUUGUUAUUUUAAUAGAGAAUUUUCUGAUUUUAUCAAUAUUUAUUCCAAGCAUCUUCAAACAAAUUCAGCCUAAUUUAGAAAGAAAGUGUCUGUGAUACGUGUAGUCGGUUACGCCGAACGGUAUUUUUGCAGUGAUAUGCACUAGUGUCUAAAAACAAUUUAGUUUUAAAUUAGUUCUCUCGAAGAAGUAGGAAAACCUUCAGAAUGAGUACAAAGGAUGAUGAAUACGACUACUUGUUCAAAGUUGUGCUCAUUGGAGAUUCUGGCGUGGGAAAAAGUAACUUGUUAUCCAGGUUUACAAGAAAUGAAUUCAAUUUAGAGUCAAAGUCUACAAUAGGAGUCGAAUUUGCGACGCGUAGUAUACAAGUAGAUGGUAAGACAAUCAAGGCCCAAAUAUGGGACACUGCUGGUCAGGAAAGGUACAGAGCCAUCACGGCAGCUUAUUACAGAGGCGCUGUGGGAGCACUUUUAGUUUACGAUAUUGCUAAGCACUUAACCUAUGAAAAUGUAGAAAGAUGGCUUCGUGAAUUGAGGGAUCAUGCCGACCAGAACAUUGUGAUAAUGUUGGUGGGCAAUAAAUCGGAUUUGAGGCACUUGAGGGCUGUCUUAACAGACGAAGCCAAGGCCUUUGCUGAAAGGAACGGCCUCAGCUUCAUUGAAACCUCAGCUUUGGACUCGACAAAUGUUGACUUGGCUUUCCAGAAUAUACUCACAGAAAUCUACAGAAUCGUUUCGCAGAAACAGAUCAGGGAUCCGCCAGAGGGAGACACUAUCCGCCCGCAAAACGUCGAACAGAUCGACGUGAAACCCACCAUGAACACGGACAGCGUCCGCAGACAGUGUUGCCAGUAGUUAAAUGUACCCUUAGCAAUAUUGUCUUUGUAUGCAAGAACACACAGAUUUCAUUUUGGUAGAUAAUGCAGCGGUUCGCCACUAUAUUCGUGGGUUAUGUUCUCUCAACGUUUAGCAACAAGAUAUUAAUGAAUCAGCUUACACAGUAUUGCUGGACAUAUACUACUACUACUACUACAUAAAUGGAAUAAAACAAUUAUUAAUGAAUUAUUAAAAAAGUAUUUAAACAAACUAAGCUCUAUAUACAUAAUUUUGUUUCGGUUUUUUAAUCUCUGGCAGACGGCACUGAAUAUGAAAGAAAGAAUCCUAAUAUAUUAGAGACUGCGUAGCUUUUAUAAAAUACAUAUUUUGUUUGGAAAAUGUACAGGGUGCACCAAAAAGGUCGCUACAAAUCUGAAAUUUCUUUAUUAUUCGGAUAUUAAAAAAACGGUUUAUGUGGACUUCUUCAGCUUAUCCAAAAUAUAUGUAUAUGUUAUGAUAAAGAGGAGCUGGCAUGACAUAAUAUGUCAAAAUGAUUAAUUUUGUUAUUGGGCAAGCCAAAAUAAUUCUGCAUAACCUUUAUUCCUAUAACUGAAUAAUAAAAAUGUUUACCAUUUUAGGCGACCUUUUUGGUGCCCACUGUAUAUAAAAAUUCCUAUAUUAAGUAGUUAUAAAUAAAUAGCUAGAUGAGAUAAACAUAGAGCAGAAGUAAUAUUUAAUAUAUUAGGAUACUAUAAAGCCUGGUUAUAUAUUAUAAUAUGUAUGUUAUAUAAUAAAUUCAAUGCAUUGUGAUUAUAUUUGUAGUAUAAUUUUGAGGUGCAUAUUAUUUAUAUUUAUGUUGUUAGAAAUAUAUUUGUAAAUUUUAGUAUAUUAAACAAAGUACAUCUGAAA